GAGCACUACAGUCCUAUUGAAAUGGACAGAUAUGAAGAUGACGGAUUUCUUGCAGGAAAAGAGAAAAAAACCAUGGACUGAACUUAGUAAAGAAGACAAAAUUGCCAUAUACAGAGCCUCGUUUCCUUACACAAUCGAGGCAAUGAACAACACAGGAGAGUCUUAUACCAAAGAAAUUGUUGGUGCUGUUGCCAUGUUGUUGGCAUUAUCAAUGUCAUUUUUCUUGUUUCUGCGGAAAUAUGUAUCAGCAGAAACUCCAAGAACUGUGAAUGAAGAAUGGGCAAAGAUUACAGUUGAGAAACUUAAGAAUAUCAGGCCAAUCCAAUUACUGGCAUUUCCUCCAAAUAAGAUCUUCGAGAUGUACACUGUCAUUAGUUAAGAAGAAGAUGGUGCUUGAAUAUCUUUGUGAUAAUUCACAUUGACUUGUUAAGCUUAGAAUUACUAUUGCGACAUAAAAAAUAUUACUUUCCCAUUAAUUUUCAAUUUUAUUUUUUUGUUAUUGUUUUCAAUUUCUUUGUCUUAGAUGGGUUAGUACAGAACGUGAAUGUCCUUGAAUUUAAGUUGAAAAAUUCAAAGCCUUAAAA